CUGCAGCGGUCCGCGUUACUUUGGCACCCGACUCUUUUAAUUGCAAUUGUCUUAUGUUUCUGUUUAUACGCCGUCGCGUUGCCGAAUCUCACUUCACCCGAAGCGUUUUCGAUGCAAUAAACGUCCCGGCUUGAAACGGGCAGCGCCAAUUUCUCGCACCACCUGAAACAGUCGCCUCUGUUUUAUCGCGACGAACGUUAAAUUUUCUUACCGGUAGAAAUGGAAAAAUUAAAGAUUAAAGAUUGCGAUGCAGUUUAAUUAAUACGUGUAUUGCAUUAGAUUUUGUCGGAUACGUGCAUACAUGCCGUUCUCCGGUAGUACUCGAGACUCCAUAUUGUCCGGAAUUUCAAAUAUUUGAACGAUUCGUAUGAAUCUGAGGACUCGAUGAAUGAAAGUCGAAAGCACUGGUUUUAUCGCCGUGACACGUCACCGAAAGACGACUACUUUAUUGACAAAUUUCCCGAAGCCGCGUGGAUUAUUCCGCCGCGUUUGUCAGUGCGACGUUUGAUAAGGAAGGGUUCGUUCGUGACGCGUUUCUCUGCCGAGUAUAUCAGUGUCGAACAUGGUCGAGAGAGAUCAGACGAAAAAAGACAUAAAGGAAUUGGCAAGGAAUGACAAAUACUCGAUUUUGCUUCCAACUUACAAUGAAAUCGAGAAUUUACCGAUAAUUGUUUGGCUUAUCGUGAAAUAUAUGGACGAGAGCGAACUUGAUUAUGAGAUUAUCGUGAUAGACGAUGGUUCACCAGAUGGAACGUUGGACAUGGCCAAACAGCUGCAGAACGUGUACGGAGAGAACAAGAUAGUUUUGAGACCAAGAGAAAAGAAGCUUGGACUAGGCACAGCUUAUAUGCAUGGAAUUAAACAUGCUACAGGAAACUUCAUUGUCAUUAUGGAUGCAGAUUUGUCGCAUCAUCCCAAAUUCAUACCAAAAAUGAUAGAGCAGCAGAGGUAUCUUGAUCUGGACGUCGUUAGUGGCACCAGAUAUGCACAAGGUGGCGGAGUUUAUGGUUGGGACUUUAAAAGGAAAUUAAUAAGCAGAGGAGCAAAUUUUUUGACUCAACUUUUGCUGAGGCCAAGUGCCAGUGAUCUCACAGGAAGUUUCAGGCUAUAUAAGAAAGACGUAUUGGAGAAACUUACUCAGUCCUGCGUAUCAAAGGGGUAUGUCUUCCAGAUGGAGAUGAUUGUAAGAGCUAGACAAUUCAAAUACACUAUAGGAGAAGUUCCAAUCACAUUUGUCGACCGUGUUUAUGGAGAAUCAAAGCUGGGAGGAUCAGAAAUUUUUCAAUUCGUAAAAGGUCUUUUGUAUCUUUUUGCAACUACGUAACAAUAAAAGAAGAUAUAAAAAUAAAUAUUCCUUGUAUCAUAAGAAAUAUAUAGAUAUUUUAAUUUAUAUAUAUCAAAAUGAUUUAUAUAAAUCAAAAUAUCUAUAAAUAUGUUUUUUAAAUAAACAUUUAAUUUACAUGUA